AACUCGCCAGGAGACUUCUGAAGGCAUUAUACAAUGGAAUUAUUAUGGAAGAUUAGAAGAAGUGACUACUUCCGAUGAAACUCUUUUCAUGAAAGAGAAUACAAAAGAAAAUGUGAAAGAAGAAUUUAGAAGAGAUUUUGUUUUCAUCAAA